AUGGUGCGAGAUCUGGCUAGUUCAACCCCAACCCUGGAGAGCCAAAACGAGGAGGCGAUACGCCAACUGUACGAUGCGCUAAGCUCAGGUAACGCACGGGCAGUGCAGAGCAUUUUGGCCCCCGAUUUGGAGUGGUGGUUUCACGGCCCUCCCGACUGUGAGUAUUUGAUGCGCUUGCUCACAGGCCUUUCUCACCACACCGGUUUCUCAUUUCGCCCGGAUACUUUAACCGCCGUCGGCGACAAGGUAUUUGUGGAAGGUUAUCUGGGUGAAUCCCUGUACUGGGUUCACGUCUGGACUGUGGAGAAUGGGAUAGCUACAGAAGUUCGUGAGUAUUUCAAUACUUCCCUUGUCGUCACAGAUUUUAACCCUCCUUCUUCCUCAUCCGGAAAAUCUUCUGUUUGCCGGCCACUGUGGCAGAGUGAAUUGGGCAAAUCUGACGGUGAAUCGAUGCCCGGGCUCGUCCUCGCAAUUUGAUAAAAUCGUCUUUGGAUUGCCUUUUCCCUAAAUAAUUAUCAAAGCUUUGUGUGGUGUUGCAGUUGUUACAGAGAUGUAGACUCUUUGGGUGAUUUCGGUUCUUUAGAAAUGUAGGCUGUUAGUGGGUUUUGCGUACGUGGAUUGGGCUGAGAAGUAGAAAUACAGGGAUAUACUCUUUUAUUGUAUGAGUGGUUUUCACGUUCUGGUGGGGUCUUUAGCCCUCUUGGAGGUGUGAGAUUACGCUUUUAGCAACCAUGUUUAGAAUGUGUGCCAAGCUGGAAUCUGUGGAAAUGUUCUAUGAUAUGGUAAUAAAUAAAUGGUUUUUUCUGGAAAAUAA